CUGCUCCUCUCUCUCCACGCCGCUGGUUUCAGGAAGCGGAAGCUGGAAUGUUGGAGGAGUGUUUUCAGAAAAGUUUGGACAAGUUUGACAGCUUGGGAGUAGAGACGCAAACUGAAAAAGAGACAUGACGGUGUGUUACCUGUACCUCGUCAGUCUUCUCUGACUGACUGACGCUGAACAGACACAAAGACAGCAGCUAUGGAGAGUGGAGCUCUGGGAAUGGACACCGGCGCUGCUCCAGAUCCCAGAGUGCAGCCAACCUGCAGCUUAGCCUCUCUGCGGCGUCAGGCCUGGGCCCAGAGCAGAGACUCCCUCUGGCAAGACCAAGAACCAGAGCACUGUGGCCCGGAGGGGCCCCAACAGAGCCAGAUGGACGGGGAAGCACAGAGACCUUUAGAAGAACCAGGGCAAGCUAACACUAUCACCAGCUGGCUGAUUGAAUGCAGGACUCCCCUUGGAGCCUCUCUAGAUGAUCGGAGUGCCUCUCCCAGCAGAGGAGCGCUGAGGAACGGCUGCAGCUUUGAAGAUGACCUUUCACUUGGAGCUGAAGCCAACUAUCUUCAGUCCACCAACAAUAAAACUGAACCCUGUUUUGGUCUUGCAGCGGAUCAGAAGAGGAGUCAGUAUAAAGAGAGAGCAAGAAGUAUGAACUCCACAGGAUCAGGGAAGAGCAGCACUGUGUCCAGUGUGUCAGAGCUGCUGGACCUGUAUGAGGAGGACCCUGAGGAAAUCCUCUUAAAUCUUGGUUUUGGUCGCGAAGAACCCGAUCUAGCCUCAAAGGUUCCCUCCAGGUUCUUCAACAACUCCUCCUUAGCGCGAGGCAUUGACAUCAAGGUCUACCUGGGAGCUCAGCUGCAACGUAUGGAACUGGAAAACCCCAAUUACGCUCUGACUAGUCGUUUCCGUCAGAUCGAGGUCUUGACUACAGUAGCAAAUGAGUUCUUUGAGCUCUACAGUCAGGUUUCUGGCCAGCCUGUCCAACGUAUCAGCACCAGGGAACAAGGGGGAGAAGGAGGAGAAGGAGGGGGAGGUGACCAGUCUCCUACUGUUAAGAGGAGCAACUCGGCUCGUAAUGCGGUCAAACUCCUAAAGAAAACACUCAGCAAACGCAACCUGCAUGGGUCCACCACAGAGUCGCCUGAAGCACAAACACCUGAGCAACAGACACACCUGAACGGACACGCCCCCUCUGUACACACAAACACCAACGGUCACGCACACACCACUCCAGAAAAAGACGGCUGCAGUACUGACUCCGACCACCAGAAACCCAUCCGCAAGAAAGACAGUUGUUCACUGGCGACGGUUACAGAGGAAACCAACGGGGAUGGAGAGACAGACUACAGCCCUGGAGAGGACAGCAGCAGAGGACCAGCAGCCAACGGAGAGAAUCAACCAGAGUCAGCUGACUUGCAGUCACCCAAUCAGAGAACAAAGGAGGAAACAUUGGUGGAGGAGGAGAAGAACCUGACCUCAACCCCAGAGAAAGGUCCUUCCACCCGGGCCCCACCCCAGCUGGUCCAACUUCGCACAGAAAACACAGACUCUUUCGACAUGGAGGAGAUUCAGAGUAACGAAGAUGAGGUUCUGCCAAACAGAACUUCCAGAGCCACUGGUGACCUGUUAAGGACAGUCAGCCAGCAGUCAGACAGCAGUGGUUUUGCUGAGGAGCCCUCCGUUGACUCCAACAGCAACCUCAAGAUACAGGAGAGUAGUGACAGCUGUGACAGCGAGACCACUGUGACAUCACACCCUUCGUUAGAUGUGGCCACGCCCCUUGCAAUGGACCAACCAGUGUUUGAUCUGCCAGAUGGCAGAGAGGAAGAGGCGGGGCCUGAUGGUGCUGCUGAGGCUCAUGGGAGGAGUAGUUCCAAGGAAGAAGACGAGCAUGAUGAGAGUUCAGAGCAGGUUCCACAGUACACAGCCCACCAGCUCCCCAGGAACAGACCAAUGGAAACGCAGCCAGAUGAGACCCAGGACGAAGAGCGAGUUGAGGAUGAGGACCGGACUGAUCCCGAACCAGAACCGGAGUUUACCCAGAGUAUGUCUGCUACAGAACAGGAACCACAACCGGAGUUAGAACACAGCCAGAACCAGUCUGCUUCAGAACAAGAACAACAACACACUCAGAACCAGAGCGAGACCGCCGCAGACACAGAACCACCAACAGAGGGAGUGGGUGCUGAGGACAAGGCCCAAAAAGAGCAUACACUCGUGGAUGAUUCUGGUUCCCUUUUUCCUCCAGCUCCGUCCUCUCCAGUUCUCAGUGCUCUGAACAGAGCCAAACAGAACCAGCUGAGCCGAUCAGGGCAGCAGGUAGACCCCCAGUCUGGCGAUACGCCCCUAACCCCAGCAAGAGGACGAGGAAGAGGCAUUACCCCCAUGCAGAGGUCCUCCUCUUUGCCCUCCUCGCUCCUCUCUCCCUCCACGGUCGUGUCCUCUGUCAGGAUCCAGUUUGGCCGAGGCCAAGCAUCCUGCACCAAGCCCAGGUACUCCUUCAAAUACACCCCGGAGGCCAGAGAGGAGAAGGAAGAGGAGGGGGAGAAGGAGGAGGAGGAGGAAAGACAAACCAAUUGUCUAUCUACUCUGAUCAUAAACCCUGCCUCCUCGUCUGACUCUAGCAAGCAACCGCCAAGGCUUCCCACAGAAGCUCCCAUCCCUCCUAAACCCAUCCCACGCUACCUGAUGCCGUCAUCCUGUUCCCUGCAGAGCUCUAGCCCUCCUCCCAGAGCCCAGAGCGUUCCUGAUCUGUCCUCCAAUCAGCAGCAGCCUGGCCGCUUCCAACAGAACAUAACUGCCAACGAAAACCAGCAAAGUUGGAAUCCAGGGCAGACGAUGUUCCCUUAUCCUAAUCCUAACCCCACAGCUCAGUAUUUAAACCCAAGCCCCAAUCCUAGUCCUAGCCUCAACCCCAGCCCAUAUCCUUUCACUGUGAACCCUCCUCCGCAGUACCCCAUCCCUCUCCAGCCUUACGCCAGUCUUCCUAACCUCCUUCACCACCAUAGCCCAUCCUUUUCCCACCAUUCUAGUCUAACCAAUCUCCACCAACUUGUAACUCCCCCAAUGCCCCAGCACGGCAGCCUCUCUAACUUGCAUCAGCCCCCGACCUCCACGACUCCUCACCACGUCAGUCUGGGCAACAUGCAUCCGGGAACUCCAUUAAUGCAGCACCCGGGCUACAAUCAUCCAUACAGUCAUCAGUCACCUUACCAUGCCCCUUCCCACAGCUCACAGUUUGCCUCGCCAUACCUCGGCUAUCACGGGUACAACAUGAACCCGCACCUGGCGUUCCCGCACCCCGUCGCCCAGUAUCCUCCAUUGACCCCAGAACACAGCCUCCGCCCAGGGCUCACUCCUCCUGCUCCAGGCUUCCUCCAAGGCCUCGCCUCAACCCACAGCCCAGGUCACAACCUCCACCCAGGACUCGGUUCUCCAUCCAGCACUGAGAUGCAGCUGAGGAGAGUUCUGCAUGACAUCAGAGGAACAGUCCAGAGUCUGAGCCAGAACCGAGCCGACACUCCUGACGGGUUCACUGAGCACAGAGCAGCUCUGCCCAGUCACCAGUCUUUGGCAGAGUUUCAGCAGAAGAGGCGAAGUCUGAACUUGUUCCGCAGUCAGAUGAUGGACCUGGAGAUGUCAAUCAUCCAACAGCAGGCUCUGGUCUACAAACACCUGAGCCCUACCGACAGGUUGGAGGUGGAGCAGCUUCAGUCUCUGAGGUCAGCAGUCAGAGAAGAACUGCAGGAGCUGGAGCAACAGCUGGAAGACCGACUGAUGGAGCUGACACAUCACACACAGUACCGGGGUUUCCAUAGAGACGGCAGUGUGGAUAGUCUGUCCACCACCUCUGCACUGAGAGCCAUGGAGCCGAUGUCAGACCUCCUCAGAGAGCAGCUCUACCUUCAAUCAGAGCUCAGCUAUGACAGCCACCCCCCCUCCACUGUCCCCUCCUCCCGAUCCUCCAGUCCAGUCCGAGAAGGAGAUCACGAGCAUGGACAAGGCGUGUAUCGGGCUUCUAUAAACAUUACCCCUGUCCCUCCUUCUCGACCAAACACACAAGCUGUGGAGGAAGAGCAAGAAAGAGGAGGAGGAGGAGGAGAACAAGGAGGAGGAGGACGAGCACGACGAGAGGAGGAGGGAGCAGCAGGAGAAAAAGUAGUGGACAACCUGCAACAGCUCAUCAGAGAGAUUCGAGAGAGCGUGGCACAGGAGGUCCGACGGGAAAUCUACAGUGAGCUGCUGGCUACAGUUUCGCCACGGCGAUCGCCCGUGCCCGCCAGGCAACACCCUCUGUAGUCAUGGCACCAGCAAAGCACCACCCCUUUCACCUCCAGCCUUAGUAACCACAGCCUGAGCAGCAACACUGUCCGUCUGCAACACUGUAUAGCUGUGUAACACUGUAUGUCUGCGACACUGACGAUGAAACGAGCACAUCACCUACCUGGGAUAUACCCCGCCCACUCCACCUGUGGCUGUUAACGAGCAUGCUCGUUAGUGAGAGGUGGAGAGUGGGGCAGAUGGAAUGAGGACGUUUACGUGUCCGGUUGGUUCUAGCGUGCCAGUUGUGAUGCAACCCGGGAGCGCCACUCUGGACCAGCCCGACCCUGUGAACCAUCAACGAUGAUGUGUUGUCUUUUCCUCACAUCCUGUUUCCUUUUUCUAGACUGUUUUGAUCAAAGCCAGACCUAAAACUACUACCACUGCCACUAAUACUGCUAGUACUACAUCUGGUACUGCUAACAGUACUCUACCAGUACUAUCACUACUAGUCCCAGUCCUAUAGAUGCUCCCAUUGAGUUCUUUUACCCCUGAUCCCUGUCUGAUAUCAGAUCAGGACAUAUUGUUUUGCCUGAAUUGAGCUUUUAACAUGUUACGUUGCAACACACAUGGGGCCAGCCUCCUUAAAUGUAGUGUAAAUGCCUUAAUAAUAUUUUAAUUGAUGCUCUCAUGCUUCUCAUUAAACGGUUACAUUCCUUAAUCUUCAAUAAGAGUAGAGUCUAAUGAGGGUCAAACUGAGCUUUUAACCCCGUUGAGUUACUCCUUCCAUGCACAUUUCAACUUUCAAAAAGGGCUUUAAGCAAUACAAUUAAGGGAUUAUUAUCCUCCAUCUGUCAACAUUCCUUCAUCAUCAUCAUCAUCAUCAUCAGCAUCAGCAUCAGCAUCAUCAUCAGCAUCAUCAUCAGCAUCAUCAGCAUUGUAAUCAUUGUGCUUCUGUUUCUCUCACCGCCCUUAAAUUUCUGUAUUUUCACUGAUGUGACGUUGCCCCCUGCUGGUCAGUCCACCAGACAACGGCAUCAUGGAUGAAAGUCAGACUCCAUGUAAACUUAUUUAGGUCACAGUUACUGACAAACAUUUUAAAAUGAGGUUUUAAAGCUGAAAGCCUCGCCACACCAGAGGUUAAUUCCCGCAGUUGUUUUAGCUGAUGAACAGAGGUCACCAAAAGUAAAUUUAGUACUUAAAGAAUCAGAGCUGGAACUGCCACAGCAAAGAUAUCAUAUCAGAAACCCUGGGUGAGAUGUACUGCAAGCAGGUCACUGCACCCAGCAGUUGUUGGUCAACAAAUUGCUCCAACACUGCCAAAAUUUCUACAUUUACAUGUGUACAACUGUGUGUGUGAGUGAUUUGAAGGUGUUAGAAGGUGGAUUGUUUUCUGUUUUGAUUGAGCCUGGCUAGCAGUUUCCCCCUGAUUUCAAUCUUUGUGCUAAGCUAGGCUAAACACGUCCUUCCCUUUGACACCCACAGUCUUUGCUUUGUGCGUGUGCUGGUUGUUAGAGAACAGGUGAUGAGGUCAGUGUGUGAUGUCGUGAGGUACUGUGAAGGUCAGGCAGGUUAUUCUGCAGAAGUAGCAGGUUUCGGUAAGUUCUCAUGGUGAUGGCGGUGAUGAUGAUGAUCAUGAUGGUCAUGAUGAUGAUGAUGCUAUGGAUGACGAUGAUGUGAGGUCCGGUCAGUGGGAGGAGUUUAGUGAGCAGAACGUGUAUCAGUGAGCGGGCAGUGGAGCCCAAACAGUAGCUGUGUUAGCAUGUUGGCCGCAUUAGCCUGUUAGCUUCACACUGUCUGAUGUGCAAUAAUAGGAACAUGUAUAUUGAUUACUGAGAUUAUUGUGAACAAAUUAUCGGUAAAUCACUGCAAACAUUUCAGAAGAGACCAGUCCUCUUGCACCACUAAAACAAAAACUUUCUACCUGCACAUCCUACACAAAUUAAUCUGCAGCUGGUUUUAUUGAGAGAAUUUCUGAUCACACGGAAUCCACUGAUUGAUUACUGAAUGAUUAACUAUUAAUUAUCUGGAAUAUCUGUAUACUUUAGCAUGUGUGUAGUGUCUGUGUGGUUGCUCACAGGUUUCCGAAUAUACAGUCAGUUAGUGAAAAGGUGAAACAAGCACGCUGCGUCCACCGUAGCUGAAUGUGAUUGGCUGGGAUAUCAGUCAGUUAAGACAAUACCUCUUUUUGAUCUUCAUGGAACAAUGAUUCUGAAAAUUUCCACACAGACUCAGAUUAGAAUUAAAAUUACCCACAGAGAGCUGAACUUUUGGGAGAAAAAUGUAUUAAUAAUGUGUUUUUCAGAUGUUUCAUUCUUGAUCUUCGGGAGCCGUGUUUGGUGAAUCUAAGCUCAAAGGUUCACUUAUUAGUGAUUCUGAGCUUUCAAGCCACACCUCACAGUGUUUGUUCAGCUGGCUGAGGUGCCAUCACGUGAACUAAAUGUGAACUUUUAAUCACGUGAAUGCUCUUAAUCAUUAUUAACUGGACCUUUGAUGGAUUUUCUUCACCAUUUGUUGACUUUUUACCAUGUUCACUGAUCACAAACUCUGCUCUGCUGGACCAACACUGUGAUCUCCGAGGCUCUACAUGCUUUUUUAUUAGUUGUUUUUUUUUUAUUGACCAAGAAUCCUUCACACACUUCUAAAUACACUUCACUGUUUGACUGUUGGUGUCUGUUAAUUUCUGUUGAUGUCUAUUAAUGAUGAUGUGUAUUUUGUAUUGAUGUCUUGUCGGUGGGAUGCAGGGGUGAGGGAUCACUCUAUAGAGAUGAGAAUAAUUAAAAUGUAUUUAUUUUCAGUA